AUGCAAACAGACUCGCAGUCCCGACGCUUGACGGAGAAGCUGCCCCGAUUCCUUUUCAAGGGUAACUUCGAGCCCGGGUUCGCCACAGCAUUGGCCGCCAAGGACGUCCGUUUGGCUACGGACCUUGGUCGAGAGUACGGCAUACCCAUGGAGUUGUCGAACCUGGUGGACCAGCGCCACGUGGAAGCCAUGUUCCGGGGCUGGGGUCCGGAGGAUUCCGACGCCGUGUGCCGGAUUCAAGAGGAGAAGGCCGGCGUACAGCUAAGGUUUCCAAACGUGUAG